AUGACAACUGUUCAAGCUCUUCUGAUUCUGGCAGCCAUUGCCUCUGUGUCUGUUGCCUAUAGCUACGGAAACAAGUUGAAUGUUGGGAAAUAUGGAGGUGGAUGGGGUGGUUUCGGGAGCUAUGGUGGCUUAGGAAACUACGGUGGAUACGGAAACUAUGGUGGCCUAGGAAAAUAUGGUGGAUACGGAAACUAUGGUGGCCUAGGAAACUAUGGUGGAUACGGAAACUAUGGAGGCCUAGGAAACUAUGGUGGAUACGGAAAAUACGGUGGAUACGGAAACUAUGCUGGAUACGGAGGUGUUGGAAACUGGGGAGGCGUUGGAAGUUCGGCUGGUGCUAGCAGCUGGGCCAGUGCUGGAAGCUCGAGUGGGAGUAUCGGCGGUGGAUGGGGUGGUAGUUGGUUCGGCGGAGACAAUGCUGAUUAUUAUGACUCUGACUAA